AUGGACGAGGAGCCUCCUUCUGAAGAAGCAGUACGACAAGCAUGGCGGGCAUGGAGAAUGCACGGCAACCCCCUCUCCGUCUUCUGGAUUCAAUGGCGGUCAUUUCUAGACCAUCAGCUUGCAAAGUGCCAAGCAGAGCUGCAGGCGCAGAGGCAGUGGCGGGCCCGAAUCCUCAGCAGAACGCUUAGUGGCUGGACCGUUUACAGGCAGCAGAGAGAAGCCGCAGCUAACCUACUUCGCCAAUGGAAGGAGAAGCGAGCCCUUGAAGAUCUCAAGGCCCCGCCCCUUCAAGCCUCGCCUAGAUUCUCCAUCAACCACAGUUUCCCCCAAACCAUUGGCCCGCUAGGAAGCGCCUCAGGCCAGGCAGGCCUUGGGCUCCUCGCCACGUCCUUGGGCGCUCUCUUUGAGGAUCUGCAAGGAAGGCAGGGCGGUGACAUAGUGAUCGAAGUCCUGGGAAGCAGUCGGCAACUCCCUGGUUGCGAAGAGCAUAAAAGUUGGAGUCAGAGCUCUGAUCGAGCCAGCAGUGCAGUGGUAUAUGCAAACGCCUGCAUAGUGUGCCAACGGGUUCCCUACUUCGCGGCCGCUGUGCGCUUUGCCUCACAGAAAGAUGACGAGCGGACCAUUCCCCUUGUAGAGGAUGGUAGAGUACAUUCGGGGCCCUCCACUAAGCUGUGCGUCUCAAGAGAGGAGUGCAGUGCAGCGGGGGUUCGGGCCGUGCUCGAGUGGGCUUACACGGGCUCUUUCACUGCGUGGGAUUGGCGGCAACUCGCGGAGGCGCUUCAGGCUGGGUCGUACCUGGGAGCCCUAGAAGUGGUCCAGCUGUCACAGGAAGCGCUGUUACGCCUCGCAGCUGCAGUUGGGAAAGAGCUUGAAAGAGGGGGUCAGAGUCCGGCGGCUCGGGAGCUCUGGCGAUCAGUGGCAGGCGCGCUUGUUUCCAGUCGAAAUUUCCCUAACGAUGAAGUCGGCCCACUACUUCCAGCAUUGGACGAGCGGCUCAGAGUCGGAGAAGAUGGUGCGUUGUUGUCCACGCCGGGGCAGGCCGGAGAAGGACACGUAGAAGAUCGAGUUUUGAAGAACGCUACAAGCCGUGGUACUGAUUGGGCCUCCGUAAAGAAAAGCUCGGGGCUAGCAAAGGAAACGGCGGACUUCGUCGUUGAAGGGUUGACAGUGUUGUCGAGUUGCGGAGAGGAAGGCGCCGUUUCGAGUUUUCUCGAGAGCGCCUGCCCCUCCUUAGAAAGCGUGUUGUUAACUCUCUUGCAGCUAGACCUGCGGUUAGCGAGCAACGUUCUGGGGAUGCUACUGGAACGGCUGGACCAUCUGCGGGGUUUAGUUAGGGAACGGACGGAGUUAGAUAGACUAGUGGCGGUAGACCCGGACGGUGCGGUGGAUGUGGGGGUUCUCGUCAUUCUGCACCGGUGGUGGAGUCUUCAUCCAAAGUCGAGAUUAGCACCCGCUCGAGCGCUGUUGGAAGAGCACGUAUGCUUGGGCGCUCUUGGCAUCAACACGCUAGAAGAGUUGAUUGGGCAGUGCCGGAAGUCUGCUGUUGAAGGCCCCAUGGGCGCGGGGAAUUCACAAGCCGCAACUCUAGUUCGGCUGGAAGAGGUCGAGGCUGCAUACCGAUUCGCUUUGCGGGUAGGUAAUGAGUACGGGAAAAGCCGGCGUCUGAUGCGGCAGACGGUUGCUCAGUGGAGAAGCUCGGAGCAGAGCCGGGCUUGGCGAUCGUGGCACGAGUUCUGCCGGGACGGUCUUGGCACGAGCCGCGUCGUCCUUGCGAAGCGUGCGAUGCGGGUCUGGAGUCUGAGGUCGGCGGCAGGGUACUUUGCAGCGUGGAGGCAGGCCGCGGUUGAGGGGCGGAUAGAGGAGCGGCAGAGGCUGGCUCUUUGGAAGUGGCAGAAGGCCUGCCAGAAGCUUCUGCAGGCCAAGCAAAGGAUGUCAAACGCCUAGGGUAGACGUAUAUGUUGGUCUGACAUUCACUGGCAUGCAUGAUCGUUAUUC